CCGUAUUUUUCAGGAAGUUUACACAGCUGGACAGAAGACAACUUUUAAUUAGUAUGCGGAUUCAUAAAAUUGCCUUUUCGCUCUUAGAAGGGUUUUAGCAGGAAAAAUAUUUUCUUUAUUUCAUCUAACGUGACUUCAGUAUACUUUGGACAACCUAGAUAGCGUGCAGCUAACAACCCGAGGACUUGCCUGGCUGUGCUUGUUGGAGGUAGAUAAGUUCAUUUGUUUUGUGACGGGAGCCGAGACGAGCCCGACUGUGAAAUUUAAUCAUGGGGAACCGGGGGAUGGAGGAACUCAUUCCCCUUAUAAACAAACUCCAAGAUGCGUUCAGCUCCAUUGGACAGAGCUGCAACUUGGAUCUGCCGCAAAUCGCUGUGGUGGGCGGACAGAGUGCUGGGAAAAGCUCCGUUUUGGAAAAUUUUGUCGGCAGAGAUUUUCUUCCUCGAGGUUCAGGCAUAGUCACUCGAAGACCUCUCAUCCUACAGCUGAUCAAUAACAAAGCAGAAUAUGCGGAGUUUCUGCACUGUAAAGGUCGGAAGUUUGUGGAUUUUGAUGAGGUGCGACUGGAAAUUGAAGCUGAGACAGAUCGUCUUACUGGAUCCAAUAAAGGCAUUUCUCCAGUCCCCAUCAACCUGAGAGUGUACUCCCCUAAUGUGUUGAACCUGACUCUGAUUGACUUGCCCGGCAUGACUAAAGUUCCCGUGGGUGACCAGCCGGUGGACAUCGAGGAGCAGAUCCGUGACAUGCUGCUACAGUUCAUCACUAAAGAGAGCUGCCUCAUUCUGGCCGUCACGCCCGCCAACACUGACCUGGCCAACUCCGACGCUCUCAAGAUCGCUAAAGAGGUCGACCCACAGGGGUUACGCACCAUCGGCGUGAUCACCAAACUGGACCUGAUGGACGAGGGCACUGACGCCAGAGACAUCCUGGAGAACAAACUACUGCCACUGCGUAGAGGCUACAUCGGUGUGGUAAAUCGCAGUCAGAAGGACAUUGAUGGGAAGAAGGACAUUUCCGCGGCCUUGGCAGCAGAGAGGAAGUUCUUUCUGUCUCACCCAGCGUACAGACACAUGGCUGAUCGCAUGGGCACUCCGCACCUGCAGAAAAGCCUCAACCAGCAACUGACCAAUCACAUUCGAGACACGUUGCCUGGGUUACGCAGUAAGCUACAGAGUCAGCUGCUCUCCCUGGAGAGGGAAGUGGAGGAGUACAAGAACUUCAAACCAGAUGAUCCAGCACGGAAAACAAAGGCCUUACUGCAGAUGGUGCAGCAGUUCGGAGUAGACUUUGAGAAGAGAAUUGAAGGAUCUGGAGAUCGAGUGGACACCGAUAAACUCUCUGGAGGAGCCAAAAUCAACCGCAUCUUCCAUGAACGCUUUCCCUUUGAGCUGGUCAGGAUGGAGUUUGACGAAAAAGAGCUAAGGAAAGAAAUCAGUUACGCCAUCAAGAAUAUUCACGGAGUGAGGACGGGGUUGUUCACUCCGGACAUGGCGUUUGAGGCCAUUGUGAAAAAGCAGAUAGUUAAGCUGAAGGAGCCCUGUCUCAAAUGCAUUGACCUGGUCAUCCAGGAACUCAUCAACACAGUCAGACAGUGCACCACCAAGCUGAGUUCGUACCCUCGUCUGAGAGAGGAGACAGAGAGAAUCGUCACCACCUACGUCAGAGAGAGAGAGAACAAGACCAAAGACCAGAUUCUGUUGCUGAUUGACAUUGAGUUGUCCUAUAUCAACACUAACCAUGAGGACUUCAUAGGCUUUGCCAAUGCCCAACAGACAAGUGCCAGUGUGAACAAGAAGAGAGCUAUGCCCAACCAGGUGAUCAGAAGGGGUUGGCUGACUAUCAAUAUUAGCAUAAUGAAAGGCGGAUCUAAAGACUACUGGUUCAUCCUGACUGCAGAGUCCCUCUCCUGGUACAAAGAUGAGGAGGAAAAAGAGAAGAAAUACAUGCUUCCUCUGGAUAACCUGAAGCUCAGAGACGUUGAGAAAGGUUUCAUGUCCACCAAGCACACCUUUGCCAUAUUCAACACUGAGCAAAGGAACGUGUAUAAGGACCUUCGUCAGAUUGAGCUGGCCUGUGACACACAGGAGGAUGUUGACAGUUGGAAAGCUUCUUUUCUCAGGGCUGGAGUUUACCCUGAGAAAGACCAGGUGGAGAACAGUGAGGGGGGGCCAACCGACACCUUCUCCAUGGACCCUCAGCUGGAGAGACAGGUGGAGACCAUCCGUAACCUGGUGGACUCCUAUAUCGGCAUCGUUAACAAGACCAUCAGAGACAUGCUGCCCAAGGCCAUCAUGCACCUCAUGAUCAACAGUGCGAAGGACUUUAUCCACUCUGAGUUGCUGGCGUACCUGUACUCCAGCGGGGACCAGAGCAGUUUGAUGGAGGAGUCUGUGGAGCAGGCUCAGCACAGAGAUGAGAUGCUGAGGAUGUACCACGCUCUCAAGGAGGCGCUGCACAUCAUCGGAGACAUCAGUACCUCCACCAUCUCCGCUCCUCUGCCCCCACCCGUAGACGACAGCUGGAUACAGAAGGAGUCCAGUCCUCCGCCACUGCGUAAGCCUCCAGUUUCAGCCCCCCCUCCCAGUCGCCCCCCUGCGGUUAGGGGUCCGACCCCCGGCCCCCCUCUCAACCCCACGCCUGCCUCGGGAGCCCCGCCCAUUCCCUCCCGUCCUGGUCCGCCCCCCGUCAGUGCCUACGGGAGCAGCCCCCUGGAACCCAUCCCUGCACCCUCCCAAAUGCCAUCCCGCCCCGCCAGGAUUCCACCCACCAUACCCCCAGGGGUGCCCAGUAGAAGACCUCCUGCAGCUCCUAACCGCCCGACCAUAAUCCGGCCCUCUGAGCCGUCACUGCUGGACUAAACCAUUGGCCCCCACGCCAUGACAGAUUUCCUACAUCCUCACAUCCUACUUACUGAAAAGACUACAACUGAAAUGUGUACUCCACGGAAUACGCCGUGUUCUUCUUAACCUUAUAACCCUGAGGGUCAUGUGCUUCCCCCACUGGUGAUUGGCUACUUUCCACCUUUCCCCGCCUUUGUUUUAGACGAUAGUUUCCCUGAUUGGCUGCUGAUGUUGUGGCUGUAAAACAAACAGGUUAGCGUUUAGGAUGUUACGCAGUAAUGGUGGCAGUGCCAAUAAAAACUCUGAAUCUUUUAGAUUAACCCUU